AGUGGGUUGCUUAAAUUGAAGUCACUAGUGUUCAGGAUUUUUCUUUCUUGAAUUGUCAGGCGCAGAGGCAUGGCGGAACUGCUACAAGGAAGCAGUACUAAUGACGACAGGGGCAAGGACAACCAUCAAAACCGUCGCAAGAUGGCCGGAGCUACACUUUUCGAGCGUGCACAGGCGCUGUCGAGUGUUAAUCGCGAGGAACAGGACAGCUCGCUGCUGAAUAAGAUCCUUCGCGACCAGGAGGGUGCCGAGAGUGAUGAAGAGCGCAUUCGCAUCAAGGAACAGGCCAUCCUGCAGCAGGGUGAGCUCUACAAGCAGGAAGGCAAGGCCAAGGAGCUGGCCGAUCUGAUCAAAGUGACGCGUCCGUUCCUUAGCUCGAUCAGCAAGGCAAAGGCGGCGAAGUUGGUCCGCUCCCUGGUGGACAUGUUCCUUGACAUGGACGCGGGCACGGGCAUCGAGGUCCAAUUGUGUAAAGACUGCAUUGAGUGGGCUAAGCAGGAGAAGCGCACCUUCCUUCGCCAGUCGCUGGAGGCACGUCUGAUAGCCCUGUAUUUCGACACGGCCUUGUAUACAGAGGCCCUAUCUUUGGGAUCGCAGCUGCUGCGGGAACUGAAGAAAUUGGACGACAAGAAUCUUCUGGUAGAAGUUCAGCUGCUGGAGAGCAAAACCUACCAUGCACUGAGUAACUUGCCCAAGGCAAGGGCAGCACUCACAUCGGCUCGUACCACGGCCAACGCCAUUUACUGUCCGCCCAAGGUCCAAGGCGCCCUCGAUCUGCAGUCGGGCAUCCUGCAUGCGGCCGACGAGCGUGACUUUAAAACCGCCUUCUCCUAUUUCUACGAGGCGUUUGAGGGCUUCGACAGUGUGGACAGUGUUAAGGCUCUGACUUCCCUCAAAUACAUGUUGUUGUGCAAGAUUAUGCUGGGACAGUCCGAUGACGUCAACCAGAUUGUUAGCGGCAAGCUGGCUAUUACCUACUCAGGACGCGACGUCGAUGCAAUGAAAGCGGUGGCAGAGGCUUCUCACAAACGCUCGCUUGCAGAUUUCCAAGCCGCACUUAAGGAGUACAAAAAGGAACUGGCCGAGGAUGUGAUUGUGCAGGCGCAUUUGGGUACGCUGUACGACACUAUGCUGGAGCAGAACUUGUGCCGCAUCAUCGAGCCCUAUUCCCGUGUGCAGGUUGCGCAUGUUGCCGAGAGCAUUCAGCUGCCCAUGCCGCAGGUGGAAAAGAAACUGUCUCAGAUGAUUUUGGAUAAGAAGUUCAGUGGUAUUUUAGAUCAGGGAGAAGGAGUGCUUAUUGUGUUCGAGGAGACGCCCGUGGACAAGACCUAUGAGCGCGUGCUGGAAACUAUCCAGAGUAUGGGCAAGGUAGUCGACACACUCUACCAGAAGGCCAAGAAGUUGUCGUAAGCCCAGCGCAGGAAGCACUAUACAAUUCACACAUGAUAUCAAAAAAAUAGCAGACUUUUCAUAGUUUCUUUUUUAUUUUCCACAAAAUCAACUACCCCCAACCGAGUCCAAGCCAAACAAGUUUUAAGUUUCUGUGAAAACAAAAUUAAAGCGAUAUUGGCAAUAAUAGUAAUAGCAGCAGCAGUAGCUGCCACAAAAAAUGUUAUACAAAAUCCAUUAAAUUAACAUAAGCAAAAUUAUUAAUCAUUGAGUGGGAUCGAAUUGUUUACGCCAAUGCGAUAAAAUAAGCAUAAUAUUCAAUUAACUACGUAAUAAAACGAAAAAAGGAAAACCGUAAA